AUGGACCUGAAGACGGUGCCAGCCUCCCGAGAGCCGGGCUGGUAUCUGAAGCUGAUGGCCCCCAACGUCAAGGGCUCCUCCUAUGCCUGGCUGGACCCCUCCCGUCUCUACUGCCACCCUCAGGUGUGCAAUGCUUCCUCCUGUUGCUGCGCCGCCAUCGCCGUCACCCUCCGAAAAGGCUUCGUGGCCAUCCGGAAAGCCGGCCAUCUUUGUGUCGACACUCGCACCCAGACCUACCGGGACUACACAGACCGUGAAAAAGUGAUGGAAACCCGCACAGACGCCAUCAGCUCAGGUGUCCGGGUCCUACUGGUGGAUCAGUGGGUAGAGACAGGGGGCACCAUGCAGGGCGCCAUCCAGCUGGUGGAACGCCAAGGCGGUGUGGUGGCAGGUAUCGCUGCCAUUUGCAUCGAGGACAGUGACGGCGGAUCCUGGCUGAAGUCCCGCUACAAGUGGUCCCACUGCGUGCCCCCUCAGCUGAUGACCCAGUUCAACGCUCACUGGCUGGACUCCUUCCAAGCUUUCCCGCCGAGCCUCCCCAGCUAGGAGCAGCCACAAGGGGAUC